AUGCCCUACCUGAAGGAGUGCUUGGAUUCAUUGCUACAGCAGAACUUCGAGGGAAAAUGGGAGAUCUGUAUGUACAACGAUGGCAGCACUGACUCGACUGUAACGUAUGCCGAAUCACUUAUAUCAAGGUUUCACGAACGAAAUGUUGGUUUUCGAAUACGUAGUGGCACGGAAAGUGGAGGUGUCGGCUUUGCGAAGAACCAAGCGGUAAAAAUGUCUUCUGGACGGUUUAUCUGUUUCUGUGAUGCGGAUGAUGUUUCGGAGCCAAGCAGAUUACAGGAACAGUACAACUUGGCGAUUUCUCAGAGGAGCGAUUUGGUUUUUAUUGGUAGUAACUUCACCAGAAUACCGGAAGGAUCCACUGAACGCUAUACUAAAUGGACCAAUGAUUUGACAAACGAAGAAUUGAAAUUGCAGGUGUAUACGUCGCAUGGGCCCACUCUUAUAGCUCCUACAUGGUUCAUCUCAAGAAAACUCUUUUCUGCGGUAGGCGGUUUCAAAGACGACGUGCGCUUUGGGUUUCCCGAAGAUCUCGAUUUUUUCUACCGUGCAUUAGACAUCGGUGAUGUUGCAUUCUCUAAAGUAUGUAAACCCCUAGUGAACUAUCGUUAUCACUCCGGAUUUGCUUCUUUUGGUGUUUCCGAAGCUGCUAUAUGGAACAUGCGUGUUAGUCGCUUCUGCAGUCAUGUGCUUCCUUUCUGGAAAACAUUCACAAUUUGGAAUGCUGGCAAACAAGGAAAGCGAUUUUUCAAGUCCCUUUCCGAAAGUGAUAAACAACGCGUUGUAUCGUUUUGCGAUGUCGACGUGAAGAAGAUCAAACGAGCAUGGCUGGAGGAUUAUGACAAAAAAGCACGAGUAGUUCGGUGGAAACUACCCAUUGUUCAUGUGAAGCUGCGUAUUAGCAUCGAAAGCAAUGUGGCAAGAUGCCCGUGA